AUGAGUUUCAUCGUAAAACAUAUAGAGAAAAAAAUUGGAGUCGAUCUCAAUAACGAUGGUGUAAUAGGAUCAACACGCCACCAUGUACACGUUAGUGGCUAUUACGCGCCAGAUCCUAGAAGUGAAACGUUAGUGGAUAAGCUAGAGAGAAAAACACACAUUGACAUCAAUGGUGAUGGGCGUAUAGGUAAACAGCAUUUUAAUCAAUCUGGUGGUCAAGGUUUAUUAAAUGAAUUGGAAAAGGCGACAAAUAUUGAUUUAGACGGGGAUGGUAGAAUUGGAAAUGGCCCUAAUUAUCGUUCCAAUCAUUCACAUUAUCGUAGUCCUCCACCUCCCUAUGCUAAUCAAGCUGGCAGCCAUAGUAUGAUUAGUGAAUUGGAGAGAGCAACAAAUAUCGAUCUGAAUCAUGAUGGAGUCAUCGGUGGUCCUUCUCGUCCACCUCCAUUUAAUCCUUAUCAUGGUCCUCCUCCAAAUUUCAAUUCGUCCAAUGGUAACAGCAUGAUAAACGAACUGGAAAGAGCAACGAACAUUGAUCUUAAUCACGAUGGACGGAUCGGUGGCGGGCCUAACUACCCUCCAAAUUAUCCGCCAUUUGGUGGUCCACCGCCACCUCCAAACUACGGUCAACCUGGUGGUGGUGGUAGUAGCAUGAUCAAUGAACUGGAAAGAGCUACAAACAUAGAUCUCAAUGGCGACGGUAGAAUUGGUGGCGGUCCAUCAUAUCCUCCUCCUCCAAACUUUCCUCCAUAUGGCGGUCCUCCGUAUAAUGGUCCACCUCCUCCUCCUAAUUUCAAUCAAUAUGGAGGUAACAGCAUGAUUAGUGAAUUGGAGAGAGCAACAAAUAUCGAUCUGAAUCAUGAUGGAGUCAUCGGUGGUCCUUCUCGUCCACCUCCAUUUAAUCCUUAUCAUGGCCCUCCUCCGAAUUUCAAUUCGUCCAAUGGUAACAGCAUGAUAAACGAACUGGAAAGAGCAACGAACAUUGAUCUUAAUCACGAUGGACGGAUCGGUGGUGGACCUAACUACCCUCCAAAUUAUCCGCCAUUUGGUGGUCCACCGCCACCUCCAAACUAUGGUCAACCUGGUGGUGGUAGUAGCAUGAUCAAUGAACUGGAAAGAGCUACAAACAUAGAUCUCAAUGGCGACGGUAGAAUUGGUGGCGGUCAACCAUAUCCUCCUCCUCCAAACUUUCCUCCAUAUAGCGGUCCUCCGUAUAAUGGUCCACCUCCUCCUAAUUUCAAUCAAUAUGGAGGUAACAGCAUGAUUAGUGAAUUGGAGAGAGCAACCAAUAUUGAUCUUAAUGGCGAUGGCAGAAUUGGUGGUCCUCCUAAUAAUUUUCCCAAUUAUAACCAGUAUCGCUAG